AUGGGCUUUCCGGAGAGCACCUCGAAGAAGAAGCCACCAUCGAGCGUUUCCUACCCGCGGCAGCAGAUGACGCCGCUAUCCCAGCCCUACUACCCACAGCAGCAGCAGCAGCUGCCGGCUCAACAAGUACAGUCCAUUAAGGAUUACCAAGAUGCUCACGGGAAUCAGGCCCGAAGUGAGUACCUGCCGGCUCCGGGAGAAAAGCCCAAGGCGCCGUCUCCGCAAUCUUUUUCGCCGAAGCCGCCGAGCUUGAUUCCAUCUCCAUCCGACUACUCAGGAUCGGCCCCGCGAAGUGAGUACAUCCCGGAGAAGCCCGGCUCUGCACCGGCUUCGCCUGAUCAGUCCCAGAAGAAGUCGCCGGACCUGUCGCCGCAGACGCCGCCGACUCCUGCCGACCAAAUCGCGCAGUCGCCGGUGGUCAAGCCGAAGAAGAAGAAGGUAUGGAAUUUCAACGGAACGGAC